AUGGCGACAGGUGUCUUUGGGACCAGUGUCACUUCCUCUUCCACACUCACUCUGCAGGGGAGGGGCUCAGGUGGGGGAGGGGGGGAGGACUCAGGUGGGGGAGGGGCUCAGGUGGGGGAGGGCUCAGGGGGGGAGGGCUCAGGUGGGGGAGGGGCUCAGGUGUGGAGGACUCAGGUGGGGGAGGGGCUCAGGUGGGGACGGGCUCAGGUGGGGAGGGGCUCAGGUGGGGGAGGGGCUCAGGGGGGGAGGGGCUCAGGUGGGGAGGGGCUCAGGGGGGGAGGGGCUCAGGUGGGGAGGGCUCAGGGGGGGAGGGGCUCAGGUGGGGAGGGCUCAGGUGGGGAGGGCUCAGGUGGGGAGGGGCUCAGGUGGGGGAGGGCUCAGGUGGGGGAGGGGCUCAGGGGGGGAGGGGCUUAG